AAAAUUUUGAUAUAUGCCUUUAUAUAAAAGAGCUCGCUAGCACUACAGCUAGCCUAAGCCUAUAAUUUAAAACUCGACUCAAUUUUUUCUUAAUCGAAGCCAUCAUUUAUCACAACUUCGACAAAAACGAGCCCUUAAACCCUCUUGAAUUUUGAGCAGAUUUCGAAGGAGCCAUUACGCCAGAACUACCUUGCACCAAAAUCAUAACCGACAAAGCAUUGUAACAGUCCUCUUCUUUCUCUGGCUUCCAGCCAACAAUAUAUGGACUGGGCUUUCGUGCACAGAAUCUGGGAAAAAUGGGCAUCCAACAGUGUUGGUUCUCCAGGGCUUCCUCUAAAGGCUGCUCUGUUGAUUAAUUAUGACCCAACUGGACCUUCUCGCCUCCUAUCUACAAUUGUAGAGCAAGAAACUGUAAAAGCAGAUCCAAUGGAAUUGAGUCAAUUUGUUAGUUUCGUCAAAAGAAACAAACUUCAGGCUGAGAGCUUCUUUAUCGGACAGAAUCAAUAUCUUGUCACAUCCAUUCAUGAGAGCUGGUUCAGUGCAAGAUGCAUGAACACCUCGAAAGCUGCUGGGGAAGGUGCUAUUGUGAUGCAGACUGCGGCAUUUCUCUUGGUUGGACUAUACGACGGUUCCAUUGGCUCAGCAUCUCGGGCUAUGGUGGCUGUUGAUCAGUUUGCAUUGCAGUUAAGUCGAAGAAACCUUUGAGCUUAAUGUGUAAUGCUGGAACUUAUCUGGAUUCAUUUAUUGGUGUUCAGCAUUGAAGGUGCUUAUCCUUUCGAAGCAGGUCCUGGAGAUGCUGGGGUGGCAGGUGCUGUGGAUGUGGGUA